AUGUCUCUCCCCAAAGUAGCCGUCAAGUCAGAAAAUGCUCCGACCCCACCACCCUUUCUCUCCCAGGCCAUCGUGAUGGGUGAUUAUGUCUUCUGUUCGGGCCAGAUUGGUGCCAAUCCCAAGACUGGAGCCCUUGUCGAGGGUUCAAUUCAAGACAGGACCCGCCAAAUCCUCGACAACUUGCGGGCUGUGCUGGAGGCUGCAGGCACCAGCCUGAACAAUGUCGUCAAGUGCAACAUCUUUCUCACCAGCAUGAGUGACUUCAGCGCCGUGAAUGAAAUCUAUACCUCAUUCUUCGAGGCCCCGAUGCCGGCGCGCACGUGUGUUUGCGUCAAGGAACUUCCCAUGGGAACGGAUGUCGAGAUUGAAUGCAUCGCCGGCCUCAGCCGAAACCAGAAGCUGUGA